AUGGACACAAACGAAUUCGAGACCAUCACCCCCGAUGACAAGAUACUCCACGACACUCCCGACGAUGCCAAAUCGUCGCCGACGACCCCCGCCUCCACCGCCGCUUCAGAAGGUAGGGCAACCAUCCUCCCCUCCGGCACCGUCGACCCAGUCUACGAGGCAAAGGCCCAAGUCCUCAACAACGCCAUGCUCGAGAUUGGCUUCGGACGUUACCACAAGGCGCUAUUCUUGGUUGCGGGGUUUGGCUGGAUGUCUGAUAACCUCUGGCCGCAAGUCACGGCAAUCAUCCUGCCGGCGGUGGUGAACGAGUUGAGGCCGGAGAAGGUGGUGUAUUUGUCGUUGGCGCAGACGCUGGGGCUGGCAGUGGGCGCGGCCGGGUGGGGGGUUGGGUCAGAUAUUAUUGGGAGGCGGUGGGCCUUUAAUUUGACUUUGUUGAUUACGGGGGUUUUUGGGCUCGUGGCGGGCUCGGCGCCGAAUUUUGGGGCGUUGGCGGCGUUCGAUGCACUCUGGUCGUUGGGGGUGGGAGGGAAUUUGCCUGUUGAUUCGGCGGUCUUUUUGGAGUUUAUUCCUGGGACUCAUCAGUACCUUCUCACAGUCAUGAGUGUCUGGUGGGCGUUUGGGCAGCUACUUGCGAGUGCUGUUGCUUGGCCUCUGAUGGCGAAUUUUGCCUGCGAGUCCUCGGAAGGAUGUACAAAGUCUGCGAAUAUGGGGUGGCGGUAUUUUGUUCUCACAAUGGGUGGUUUCACACUGGUUAUGUUCUUUAUACGAUUCUUCGUGUUUGAGCUCCACGAGUCACCCAAGUUCCUCAUGAGCAGGGGAAAGGACGCAGAGGCAGUCAAGUCCAUCCAUGCGGUUGCCAAAUACAACAAGGUGGAAAGUACAUUGACAGUCGAGCACCUAAGAAGGAUAGAUGCGGAGGCAGAUAACUCUGCCAACACUAGAGGGCCGAGAUAUGCAACCAUUGGCGCAGCGGUAGAGCGUAAUCUGCAGCGGUUCAACCUCGAACAUAUUCGGUCCCUGUUUACAACGCCCAAAUCGGCCUUCUCGACCAGCUUGGUGAUUGUGCUUUGGGGCCUUAUAGGACUAGCAUAUCCGCUAUACAAUUCCUUUCUCCCAUACUUUCUCGCGUCGCGCGGCGCCCAGAUCGAUGACGGAUCACCAUCCACCACAUUCCGCAACUACCUCAUCAUCGCCGUCUGCAGCAUCCCCGGCUCCCUCGUCGCCGGCCUCGCCGUCGAGCUCCCCCUCCUCGGCCGCAAAGGCGCCAUGAGCAUCUCCACCAUCCUCUCGGGAAUCUUCCUCUUCGCCAGCACGACCGCACGCACCUCCAACGCGCUCCUCGGCUGGAACUGCGGCUACGCGCUCUCCAGCACCGCCAUGUACGGGAUCCUGUACUCGUACACGCCGGAAAUAUUUCCCACGAGGAACCGUGGAACGGGGAAUGGGCUCGCGGCAACGGCGAAUAGGGUGUGUGGCAUCUUUGCGCCGGUGGUGGCCAUGUAUGCGGAUUUGGAGACGCCCGUGCCGGUGUAUGUUAGUGGGGUGCUGUUUUUGGUGGCGGGGGCGCUGAUGUUGGCGCUGCCGUAUGAGACGGUGGGGAGGGUGAGUAUUUGA